AGUUCCCCCGCCACCAGGAAAAGACGCUCAACCGGACUUUGGGUCUUUUCUCCGGUCCCUGUUUGUAGGUGUCGGACUCCUCCAGUCCCACCCACUGCUCUGCAAAACAUCCUCACCCACUGCUCUUUGUUACCAGAGCAUUUGCCCCCUCCUCGGCUUUUAUUCCACAAAAGAGAGAGAGAGAGAGUUAAUUUCUUCCUUUUAGCGGAUUGAUUUCUGACUGCAUCUGGAUUGUCGCUGCAGGACCAGAGCUUGUUGCGUCCUCUAAUGCAAUUACUGCAAAGAAACCUGGUUUAAACGUCGGAACAAAAGGACGUUGAAGAUUUUUUUCUACCCCCCCCGCCCCCUUACCCGGGUCUGUCAAUCAAUUUGCACCACUGCAGUUGUCAAGUUGGAGCCCUGCUGGGAAAUGGACAAACCUCUGAACUGAAGACGCUGCUCUGCCUCACACACUACCACAGCCAGGACGUGAUUUGGACAGGAUUCCCCGAGUGGAGCGUCAAGAACGAUGUUUACUCCCUUGUUCCCGUGGUAACCCGAGAGGAGCAUGCACGUCCGGGUCAGGAGUUAACCUCAACGUUCACCUGCACCUGCCUCCUGUUAAAACUACCCACAAUACCUGUGAACUGACGACCCGGUCUGACAUUUAGAAUACUUUAAAAAAAAAAGACACUCAAAAGGGACAAAAACUACAAAAACGCACAGGAACCGCUGCUGUGAAGAGGACCGACAUGGCCAACAAUACGGCGGAACACCCUCCGGGGAAUUCGGUUGCGGAGGGCAACCAUGACGGGGACUUUGGGGUGACGGUGAUGGACCUGAGGGACCUGAUGGAGCUGCGGAGCGCCGAGGCCGUCAACAAGAUACAGGACAAGCAUGGAGACGUGCAGGGCCUCUGCCGCCGCCUGAAAACAUCUGCCAUCGAAGGUCUGUCUGGUAACCCCGUUGAUUUGGAGAAACGUCACACGGUUUUCGGGAAGAACUUCAUCCCCCCCAAGAAGGCCAAGACGUUCCUGCAGCUGGUAUGGGAGGCUCUGCAGGAUGUCACGCUCAUUAUUCUAGAAAUCGCUGCCAUCAUCUCACUCGGCCUGUCCUUCUACCAUCCACCAGGGGGCGACAGCGAAGCAUGUGGCCAGGUUGCGGGCGGCGUGGAGGACGAGGGCGAGGCUCAGGCUGGCUGGAUUGAGGGCGCCGCUAUCUUGUUCUCUGUCAUCAUUGUGGUCCUUGUGACGGCUUUCAACGAUUGGUCCAAGGAGAAGCAGUUCCGCGGUUUGCAGAGUCGCAUCGAGCAGGAACAAAAAUUCACCGUCAUCCGCAAGGGCCAGGUCAUCCAGAUCCCUGUGGCCGAGAUCGUGGUGGGAGACAUCGCUCAGAUCAAAUACGGAGACCUGCUGCCUGCUGACGGGAUCCUCAUCCAAGGCAACGACUUGAAGAUUGACGAAAGCUCUCUCACCGGAGAGUCCGACCAGGUCCGGAAAUCUAUGGAGAAGGACCCCAUGCUGCUGUCGGGGACCCAUGUAAUGGAGGGAUCAGGCAGGAUGGUGGUGUCAGCUGUCGGCCUCAACUCUCAAACUGGCAUCAUCUUUACUCUGCUGGGCGCCGGCGAGAACGAAGAAGAGAAGAAGGUCAAGAAAAGUAAAAAACAAGGACCCCCUGAAAAUCGCAACAAAGCCAAAACCCAGGACGGCAUCGCCCUGGAGAUCCAGCCACUGAAGAGCGAGGAAGCCACCGAGUCGGAGGAGAAGGAAGAGAAAGAGGAGGUCAAACCGGUGAAGAAGGUCAACGUGACCAAGAAGGAGAAAUCAGUGCUGCAGGGCAAACUGACCAAACUAGCUGUGCAGAUCGGGAAGGCUGGUCUGAUCAUGUCGGCUGUGACCGUCAUCAUCCUCAUCCUCUACUUUGUGAUCGACACUUUCGCGGUCCAGGGCAAGUCCUGGGUGGCCGAGUGCACCCCUAUCUACAUCCAGUACUUCGUCAAGUUCUUCAUCAUCGGCGUGACGGUGCUGGUGGUGGCCGUCCCUGAGGGACUGCCGCUUGCUGUCACCAUUUCUCUGGCUUACUCCGUAAAGAAAAUGAUGAAGGAUAACAACCUGGUGCGUCACCUGGACGCCUGUGAGACCAUGGGCAACGCUACGGCCAUCUGCUCGGACAAAACGGGAACCCUGACCAUGAACCGCAUGACGGUGGUGCAGGCGUACAUCAACGACACGCACUUUAAAACUGUCCCCGAGCCCGAUGCCAUCAAACCAGAGACUCUGGAAGUAAUGGUCAACAGCAUCUCCAUCAACUCGGCCUACACCACCAAGAUCCUGUCUCCGGAGAAAGAAGGGGGCCUGCCUCGCCACGUGGGCAACAAGACGGAGUGCGCUUUGCUGGGCAUGGUGCUGCAGCUGAAGAGGGACUACCAGCCAAUCAGAGACGAGGUCCCAGAGGAAAAACUCUACAAGGUUUACACCUUCAACUCCUCCCGCAAGUCCAUGAGCACCGUGCUGAAGAACGCUGAUGGAGGUUUCCGCAUGUACAGCAAAGGAGCGUCAGAGAUCGUCCUGAGGAAAUGCUCUCGUAUUUUGGACACCCAGGGUCAGCCCCGCAUCUUCAAGCCGAAGGACCGUGAUGAGAUGGUGCAUAAGGUGAUUGAGCCAAUGGCGUGCGACGGGCUGAGGACUAUCUGCGUGGCGUACAGGGACUUCCCCGCCGAGGCCGGAGAGCCCAACUGGGACAACGAGAACGAAAUCCUGAACGAACUCACCUGUAUCGUGGUUGUCGGCAUUGAGGAUCCCGUCAGACCUGAGGUACCUGAAGCUAUCAUUAAGUGCCAGCGCGCCGGCAUCACCGUGCGCAUGGUGACUGGAGACAACAUCAACACCGCCCGCGCCAUCGCAACCAAGUGUGGCAUCCUGCUGCCCGGGGAGGACUUCCUGUGUAUGGAGGGCAAAGAAUUCAACCAGCAGAUCAGAAACGACCAGGGAGAGGUGGAACAAGAGCGUCUGGACAAAGUUUGGCCCAAACUGCGCGUGCUGGCUCGUUCCUCACCGACAGACAAACACACUCUGGUCAAAGGUAUCAUCGACAGCACGGUGGGAGAAACCCGACAGGUGGUGGCAGUGACGGGAGACGGAACCAACGACGGCCCUGCCCUCAAGAAAGCUGAUGUCGGCUUUGCCAUGGGAAUCGCCGGAACAGAUGUGGCAAAGGAGGCGUCUGACAUCAUCCUGACCGACGACAACUUCACCAGCAUCGUAAAGGCUGUCAUGUGGGGAAGAAACGUGUACGACAGCAUCUCCAAGUUCCUGCAGUUCCAGCUGACCGUCAACGUGGUGGCCGUCAUUGUUGCGUUCACCGGCGCCUGCAUCACUCAGGACUCUCCUCUGAAGGCCGUCCAGAUGCUCUGGGUGAACCUCAUCAUGGACACUCUGGCUUCUCUCGCUCUGGCCACCGAGCCGCCCACCGAGUCUCUGCUGCUGCGUAGACCGUACGGCCGCAACAAACCUCUGAUCUCCAGGACCAUGAUGAAGAACAUCCUGGGCCACGCCGUGUACCAGCUCACCAUCAUCUUCACCCUGCUCUUCGCCGGCGAGACGUUCUUCGACAUCGAUAGCGGACGCAACUCUCCCCUGCACGCACCGCCCUCGGAGCACUACACCAUCGUGUUCAACGUGUUCGUCAUGAUGCAGCUGUUCAACGAAAUCAACGCCAGGAAGAUCCACGGAGAGAGGAACGUCUUCGAGGGCAUCUACAGGAACCCCAUCUUCUGCAGCGUGGUGCUGGGGACCUUCAUCCUGCAGAUCGUCAUUGUUCAGUUCGGAGGGAAGCCGUUCUCCUGCACGGCGCUGACCAUUGACCAGUGGCUGUGGUGUGUGUUCAUCGGAGUCGGAGAGCUGCUGUGGGGACAGCUGAUCUCGGCCAUCCCCACCCACCACCUGAAGUUCCUGAAGGAGGCGGGCCACGGCACCAAGAAGGAGGAGAUCCACGAGGAGGAGCUGACGGAGGGCGCAGACGAGAUCGACCACGCUGAGAUGGAGCUGCGGAGAGGCCAGAUCCUCUGGUUCAGAGGGCUGAACCGCAUCCAGACACAGAUUAAGGUGGUGAACGCGUUCCGUAGCUCCCUGCACGUGGGGCUGGAGAGCCCAGAGUCCCGUAGCUCCAUCCACAACUUCAUGGCCCAUCCUGAGUUCGUCCCGCAGUCGGAGGAGGAGGCUCGCAUCCCCACCAUCGAGGAGACCGGAGACGAGAUCGACCCACUCCCCAGCGCCUCCUCCUCUGGGGCGGGGGGAGGAGGAGAGCCGCCCAGCGUCUUCCCCCACAGCAGCGAGUCAUCCAUCUGAGCUCCUCCUCUCCCCCACCUCCUCUUAUCAUAUGUCAUCCCACCAACAGAACUGUCUCUGAGGAGGGGAGUCACAUCUCAUCCUGCACUCACACAUGCUUCACAUCGCCCCCCGGUCCCUCCUCCUCCUCCCACAUGUAUCAGUAGAACGUGGAGUCUCCACCCUGGAAGUCCAUUCAUGUAUAUUUUUUACUCAAUGAUCUUUUUGACAACGCUUUUAAACCACGUCCGAUCUCGGCGGGACUCGCAGCAGCAUGUUCUGUCCUCGCUUCAUUCCUGCGUAACGCUCUCGGCACAGAACUCUUGAACGAGUGCAGUGAUUCUCAUGUACAUACGCCCCCCCCACUCAGCCCGGUUUGAUGAUCAGAAUUAUUUUUAGGCAAAUGCAAAAAUGCAACCUUUUUAAUUUUUCUGUUUUUAAAACAAAUGUUAAUCAAUGGUUGAUACAAACACGCCUGACAAUGUCUUGUGAGUGUGACACUACGGUCUUCAAGGUUCAACUGUUAAAAAUGUUCUUCCCUUUAUCGUGUCUGUAUGUGUUGGCUUUUCUUUGAUCAGCUGUGUUGCAUGUGGAAGGACAGAAUGUUUACUACCCAAAUAUAUCCAACAUGGCGGUGUCUGGAGAGGGCUCGCUCGUCCUACCCCCACCCCCCCCCCGCCCAGUACGUCCACAGUCUUCAUAGGAAACCAGAGUGUGGUUGGUGUUUCCCGCUCUAGUAGGAUGCAUGUUAUGUUCCAUCCGUGUUGCGUCGCAUGAUAACUUUAGGAAUGAAUAUUUGGGAUUCUGUUUGGACGACCAUAUAUGUGUUAAGUCUGCAGCAGCGUCUGAACACGACUCCUUCAACUUCCUGUAUUUAGGACUCAACUUCCUGUCAACACAAUAGACUCAACAAUACUGCUGUCAAGGAGCAGGCCAGUCAAUCAAAAUCUGAAAGAAGCAGAUGACAAGUAUUCUCCCCUUUGUCCCUUCAAAAUAAAUGUCCUUCAAGACUCAUUCCUUGAGGUAUCCCUUUUCCUGGUGGAUCCUGAGGGGUUCCCAGACCAGAUAGGAUGCAUAAUCCUGCAUAGUGUGUUCUGGGUCUGACAGGGGCUUCCUCUCUAGAUGUCCAGUUUACGCCUACAGGGAGGUUAAAACCUCAACAGCAACUCCUAAUAAUGGAUAAGGGUAUAAGCACUGAUCUAAUAAUAGAUCCAUUUUAACGGCUCUAUCGACUGCCAAUACCCUCUCUUUAUUAAUUCGCCCCCCCCAGAGGAUAAAGUCUUGCUGUUGACUGAGCCUGUUUGGGGUCAGAAUACUGGAAGUUCACUUCUAACCUACAGGAAGUGGAUGGAUCUCUGACCAGCGUUUGGACUGUCUCUCUGUGUUUAAGAUAAAUCUUAGUACCAGUUCUUGUUUCCGUUCCCUCGUUCGUCAGACUUCGCGAACAGAAGCUAAAUCAGCUGUCGGUGACAUCACACAGCGUCAGCAGAGGAGAUGAUUGAUCAUCCCUGUCCAACGUGCUGUGUUUUAAUUGACAGUCGUCGGCGCGGCGGCCACUCUGAGGAUUAUGGGAGACUGACGAUGUCACCAAUCAGUCUUUAUGAGUUAAAUCCACUGUGUGUCCCCGCUGCUGCUCAGUACUUCCUGCCUGCCGUUGUCCGCAGAUUACUGUCUUAAAAGAAAAAGGAAUCAUCUUCCAAUCAGAAGCAGUGAUGCGUGUAAUCCCCUCUUAGUCUGACUAGCAGCCAUCAACCUAUGUGCUACUACUGCCAUAUUUCCAACUUUUUGUCAUGACUAGGUUCUUCCUCCCCCCUCUGAUGAGCUUUUUCUAUGUAACUCAGAGCCAUAUUUUAUAGGUUGUCUGUAUUGUUUUUGAUCUCAUUGUUAUCGAGGUUUCCUUUGGACUUUCUCACCCCUCAACUUGCCCACCCCCUCCAGGCCCUUUACUCUAAACACGACCAAAAAGCAAGGAGAAAAUCUUCAGUCGUCACUGCCGUACCAAGUUUUAAAGGACCUCUACAAUGUUUACAUGAAAAGCAAGUGGGUGGCAGUUUGCCGGCGCUUCUCUCAUCCGACCACUUCCCUUUCAUUCCCUUGCUUUCCUGAAUCUUAGAGUUACUAUUUAACUAAAUGGGGAGUCUUUCUUGCAUGGUUUUCAUAUAAAAUUCAAUGUUUUGCUCAUUUUUUACAAUUCUUCUGUAUUUUUAUAUUAAGUACUUUUUAAUAUUUUGGAGAUAUAUGAAUAUAUAUGUAUAGGCUGAAGAGUUUGGUGACAGUGCAGUACAUGAAUGAGAUGAAUCUAACGUGGACUCUGUCUUUUUACAGCUCUCUAAAUAUUUAUGCCACGUGUGUCGUCUUGGUCACCUGAUGUUAGGGCUCAGAAACCUGCAGUGACUUGUUUACUUCCUGUCGGCCGUUCAAUUGGAAACUCAACAAUAUAGUCCCAUCAGCCCCCUUUUACAUGAGUAUAUUCACUUUAUCUGAAAUGUUGUGACACACUACACGCUAUGUGAUUACGCAGUUAUCCAGCUCCAUUAGAGUUCAGCCAAUGCAACGUGAAUACAGCUAACUGUAUCUAACAUUAAAUGGGAGUGUAUAAUUAUUGAUCCAACCUCUGGGUUUCUGUGUUUCUGUAUUUUAAAUCUACUGCGAUUGAUUUCUGUGAAUGAGUGGACUGAUGCUGUUUUCCAACUGACUAUUGUCGGAGCUUUAAGGAAGAUCACAGCUGUGUCCCGCUUCAGGCUCCGCCUCAUUUCAAUGGGGCGUGGCCUAUGAGGGCUUGUCUCGUACAAAAUGAGCUCUGAUCCUUGACCUCUCUGACAGACCAAAACUUGAGAAAGUAACCUGAGGACCAAAGACGAGUUAUAAAACAAUUCAAUGAGAUGCUUUGAGCCCCACAGCUUAGAGUUCAUCAAAGCGGACCGGGGGGGAUACAAUUCCAAACCAACAUGCAUUCAUCAUCAGCUUGUAAUUUAAAAUAAUAGGCCAAUAUCAAAAAGCAUCUUACGGUUUUAGACAAUCUUUUGCCAUAUUUCCACUCCAUGGUUUGACUCAACUCACUUUAGCGCCAGUUCCUUUUCUCUAUUUACCCCAGCAGAUAGUAACCAAUAUACAUUUUGGCGGGAUUAUUAGCUGAACACUUUAGCAAAGCCUGCAUCAAUACUGCCGUGAAAUUAUCACAAUUAAUUUAAAUCAUACAAUCAGCAGACAAGCCAAGGAAACGACAUCCACACUUUGUCAAUUUUACAGCCUAUUUUCCUGGUUGCAUUUUCUUCUUUUGCUAAUGGAUAACCCAAAAAGUACAAAUUGAGUCGAGUUGAGAGGAACCGUACCAUGCAGUGAAUAGUCAGCAUCCCUUUGUGGGUCUAUGGACUCUGAUUCAAGGUUGACUCAAGGACAGUUAGAAGCAGGAAAAUUGGAUUCACUCUUAAAAAUGAUGAGUCAUAGAGCAUUGCAACAUCACCCAAUUAGACUGAAUAUACUUUGGACCCAUGCUAAAAACUAAUGGUACCCAUACUGACCUCCAUCAAACAGACACUCUUAGCUGAUUUGUCUUAACUUAAUUACGUUGAUUACGAUUAAUAUCUUUAACUAGCUGCAGUAAUAACUGAGAAAAGCAUGGUUUCUUUGUUGACAUUUUAAAUUCAAUAUUUUGAUCUCUGAUUUGAUCAUAAUGAAUCGUUAACUGUUGCUUUACAUGUAUGAUACUGAGGGGUCAGGGGGCUCUUUCUAAUUUCAGGCCUCUUUUGGCCCUCGAACAAGAAGACGGGACAGUUUUGAUUUGGUUGUGAAAUAUGGACUUUGAAGGAGGCGGAGCCUGUGACACAGCUGUAACUAGAUGUCAUCGCCAUUUUAUACGAACUACCGACUUCAGAAACAUUUCCGGGGAAGAGCGCAGGACUGUUAAAGAGCUCGUGACAUCACUUCCUCUUCCUGCCGUGUGUCCGUUGGCUAUAAGCGAGAUGCACCUUUCCAAAUGAUGAGUUUUUUUCUAUUAGUUUCUGUUCAACUGUUGAAUCGGACAGAUUACCUUUGCUCCUGCAGUCAGUGCAAUGUAAAUAUUGUCAUAUAAAAAGUGAAUGAACCUGCUGUCUGUGUCGGGCACAGGAAGUGGGAAAGAGGGCAAUCAGCCAAUCGUCAUCCAGCGAAGCUUUAAGGAUGCCAAAGCCGUUUUUCUCCUUUCCUUUCUUGUGCACACAUUUGUUUGACUCCCCUCUUUAUUCCCUCACUCCACCCCCCCCCCCAUGCCGCCUGGACAAGAUUGUCCCCUUGCUCUUGCCAUAGCCGCUCUGGCUGUGGGUUUGGUGGACUGGUUGCCCUCACAUCUCGCGGCAGGUGCACCGUACAGUUCAGAAGAUCGCAGUUUUCCAACAGGACCUUUGAAUGGAAAAGGAACUUGCUUCUUAUCCAGUCAUAGUUGCAUUUUGACUGCUUCUUAUUCAGAACACUAACUUUUUUUUUGGAACAGCUUCCUGUUGUCGGAUCUAAAGGAAUAUUUUGGAGAAACUUCACUUCAAAGUUAACAAGUAUAAAAAAACAAAUCAAAGGAACUGGAAUACCGCAGUUGGAAAAGUCAUAACCACUCAACAUAUAUAUUUAUAUAUUAUCUUUGUGUCUAUAUCUAGUAUAUACGUGUGUAUAUUAGAUAUAAACACAUAGAUAUGUGUAUAUGGUUUCUCAGUUGAGCUUCAUUUCAAAAAAGACUGAAAAGAUUUGUUUUCUGUAAUUACUAUGAUACACAGUAAUAGGCGUUGGUGUUAUUUUUGUAUAAACAUAAUAUCAUCUAUGUGGCAUGCAUGACAUAUAUACAAAAUUUGGUGGUUUAAAGCAGUAUGUCCAACCUGGUGCGAUUGGUUCUGUCGUGUUCUGUGUAGCCUAAAGCCACUCUGUGUGAAAAGAGAUGAAAAAAAAGAGAAACUGCAUUUGGAUAAAACUAACUGUUCAGUAUAUGUGUUCAAUGUUCUGUGUUCUGCAUGUUUUAGUAUGGAAUGAAACAUCCCAAAAUGUU